AUGAAUGACAUUUUGAUCUCUGGCAAUCAUAGCAGCUCAAACAUCAUGUUUGGAGGUAAGGUCGUUGUUUUUGGUAGAGACUUUAGGCAGAUUCUUCCUGUGGUACAAAAUGGAAGCAGGCAUGACAUUGUUAAUGCGUCAUUAUGUUCUUCUUAUAUUUGGUCAAACGUCAAAGUCUUAAGGUUGACAAAGAACAUGAGGUUAUCUUUAAGGAUCGACUCUACAAACAUCAAGGAAACUACUGCUUUUUCAAACUGGCUAUUAGACAUCGGAGAAGGAAAAGUUGGUGAAGCAAAUGAUGGUGAAUCAACUAUUGAUAUACCUGAAGAUCUUUUAAUUGGUGAUUCUUCUGAUCCUAUUAUUGAUUUAAUUAACUUUGUCUAUCCUUCCAUUCUUGAUAGAUUCCAUGAGCCUAACUAUUUUGACGAUAGAGCCAUUUUAGCACCUACAAAUGAGGUUGUUCAAUCUAUCAAUGAUCGCUUGAUGUCUUUGUUUCCUGGCGAUGAAAAUGAGUACUUAAGUUCAGAUUCAAUUUGUCAGUCAGAUCAUGUAAACGAAACUUUUGAUGAAAAGCUCUACUCACCGGAUGUUUUGAAUGGACUUAAACUUUCAGGUGUACCUAAUCAUCAAUUAGUUUUGAAGGUGGGUGUUCCAAUAAUGCUACUUCGAAAUAUUGACCAGAAGAAUGGUUUGUGUAAUGGUACAAGACUACGAGUACUUUAUCUUGGUAAUAGGGUGAUUGAAGCUGAGAUUAUAUCUGGUGCUAAUAUUGGUACAAGAACUUUCAUCCCUCGCCUUAGUCUGUCAGCAUCUGAUAAGAAAAUUCCUUUCAAGUUCAAAAGAAGACAGUUUCCGGUUGCUGUUUGUUUUGCAAUGACUAUUAACAAAAGUCAGGGACAAUCAUUAUCCAAGGUUGGAUUGUAUCUCAAAGAUCCUGUUUUCUCACAUGGUCAACUUUAUGUGGCACUAUCAAGGGUUAAAAGUAGAGCCGGUUUAAAGAUGCUGAUAACAGAUAAAGAUGGCCAUGCUACAAAUAAGACCACAAAUGUUGUAUACAAAGAAAUUUUUGGAAAUUUGUAGUCUUUUUUGUUCAUUUAUCAUUUGUUAAGGAAACUUUUGCAUUUAUUUUAUUUAAAUUGUUUUGAAUA